UUGUUCUUUCUUUUCUUUUUCUUCUUUCUUUUCUUUUUCUUCUUUCUUUUCUCGUCCUUCUCCCGUAUUCUGUUUUUCCUUUCUUUUCUUUUGUCGUCCACCUCCAUAUAUAUUUCUUUUCCCUUAUUUUCUCUCUUGCCCCCUCAGCAUAUAUUUUUCUUGUCGCGUCCUACUCUGUAUUUCUUCAUUUCUUUUUCUUUCUUUUCUCGCCCUCCGUAUAUAUUAUUUUCCUUUCUUUUCUUUUCUCAUCUUCCUCCUUAUAUAUUUCUUUCCCCUUAUUUUCUCUUCUUGUCCCCCUCUGUAUAUUUCUUGACUUUCUUUUCUCGUCCUACUCUUUAUUUCUUUCUUUCCUUUCAUUCUUUUCUUUUGUCGUUCUCCUCCAUAUAUAAUUCUUUACCCUCACUUUCUCUGCUUGCCUCCUCCGUAUAUAUUUCUUUACUUUCUUUACUUUUCUCCUCUUCCUCCGUAUAUAUUGCUUUUUUCUUAUUUUCUCUUCUUGUCCCCCUCUGUAUAUUUUUCCCUUUCUUUCCUUUUCUCGUCCUCCUCUAUAUUUCUUUCUUUCCUUUCUUUCUUUUCUUUUCUCCUCUUCCCCCGUAUAUAUUUCUUUUCCCUUAUUUUCUCUUCUUGUCCCUCUCCAUAUAUAUUUCUUUCCUUUCUUUUCUUUUCUCCUCUUCCUCCGUAUAUAUUGCUUUUUUCUUAUUUUCUCUUCUUGUCCCCCUCUGUAUAUUUUUUUCCCUUUCUUUCCUUUUUUCGUCCUCCUCUAUAUUUCUUUCUUUCCUUUCUUUCUUUUCUUUUCUCCUCUUCCCCCCCAUAUAUUUCUUUUCCCUUUAUUUUCUCUUCUUGUCCCUCUCCAUAUAUAUUUCUUUCCUUUCUUUUCUUUUCUCCUCUUCCUCCGUAUAUAUUGCUUUUUUCUUAUUUUCUUCUUGUCCCCCUCUGUAUAUUUUUCCUUUCUUUUCUUUUUUUCGUCCUCCUCUAUAUUUUUUUUUCUUUCCUUUCUUUUUUCUUUUCUUUUCUCCUCUUCCCCCCGUAUUUCUUUUUUCCCUUAUUUUCUCUUCUUGUCCCUCUCCAUAUAUAUUUCUUUCCUUUCUUUUCUUUUCUCCUCUUCCUCCGUAUAUAUUUCUUUUUUUCUUAUUUUCUCUUCUUGUCCCCUCUGUAUAUUUUUCCUUUUUUUUUCUUUUCUCGUCCUCCUCUAGAUUUCUUUCUUUUUCCUUUCUUUUUUCUUUUCUUUCUCCUCUUCCCCGUAUAUUUUUUUUUCCCUUAUUUUCUCUUCUUGUCCCUCUCCAUAUAUAUUUCUUUCCUUUCUUUUCUUUUCUCCUCUUCCUCCGUAUAUAUUGCUUUUUUCUUAUUUUCUCUUCUUGUCCCCCUCUGUAUAUUUUUCCCUUUCUUUCCUUUUCUCGUCCUCCUCUAUAUUUCUUUCUUUCCUUUCUUUUCUUUUCUUUUCUCCUCUUCCCCGUAUAUAUUUCUUUUUUCCUUAUUUUUUCUCUUCUUGUCCCUCUCCAUAUAUAUUUCUUUCCUUUCUUUUCUUUUCUCCUCUUCCUCCGUAUAUAUUGCUUUUUUCUUAUUUUCUCUUCUUGUCCCCCUCUGUAUAUUUUUCCCUUUCUUUUCUUUUCUCGUCCUCCACUAGAUUUCUUUCUUUCCUUUCUUUCUUUUCUUUUCUCCUCUUCCCCCGUAUAUAUUUCUUUUCCCUUAUUUUCUCUUCUUGUCCCUCUCCAUAUAUAUUUCUUUCCUUUCUUUUCUUUUCUCCUCUUCCUCCGUAUAUAUUUCUUUUUCCUUAUUUUCUCUUCUUGUCCCCCUCUGUAUAUUUUUCCCUUUCUUUUCUUUUCUCGUCCUCCUCUAUAUUUCUUUCUUUCCUUUCUUUCUUUUCUUUUCUCCUCUUCCCCCGUAUAUAUUUCUUUUCCCUUAUUUUCUCUUCUUGUCCCUCUCCAUAUAUAUUUCUUUCCUUUCUUUUCUUUUCUCCUCUUCCUCCGUAUAUAUUGCUUUUUUCUUAUUUUCUCUUCUUGUCCCCCUCUGUAUAUUUUUCCCUUUCUUUUCUUUUCUCGUCCUCCUCUAUAUUUCAUUCUUUCCUUUCUUUCUUUUCUUUUCUCCUCUUCCUCCGUAUAUAUUGCUUUUUUCUUAUUUUCUCUUCUUGUCCCCCUCUGUAUAUUUUUCCCUUUCUUUCCUUUUCUCGUCCUCCUCUAUAUUUCUUUCUUUCCUUUCUUUCUUUUCUUUCCCUUUUUUUUCUUGUCCUCCGUAUUUUUUUCAUAUUCUUUCUCUUUCCAUUUCUUUUCUUCUCCUUUGUAUUUCUUUUCCUUCUUUUAUAAUUUUUUGUCCCCCUUCGUUUUUUUUCCUUUCCUUUUAUUUCUUCCUUCAUGUCUUUUCUUUUGUACUCCUUCGGUUUCUUUUCUUUCCUCUUUUAUAUUUUGUUUUCCCUUCUUUCUUUGUAUUUUUUUAUAUUCUUUUCUUCUCUCGUCCUCUUUCCCAUUUUUUUUCUUUCUUUUAUUUCCUUUAUUCUUCCUUAUUUCCUAA